CACUUUUUAGGUUAUAAGAGUUCAAAUGUGUUUUUCAAUGUUAUUUAUAUAAUUUUCGUAUAUAAUUAAUUAACUUUCGUUAAAUAUACUAUAAGCUUAUCAUUAACGCACGAGAAUUUAUGUAAACACUAUAUAAAACAACAGUUUUAUAGUGAAAAAUGGCAGACGAAGUUGAAACACAAAAGAAAACUCAAAUGACCGACGAAGAGCGGUUGGCUCUUUGUCAGAAGUUGGAUCGAGAACUGGACGAGUUUAUAGAUAGCCUGGAGAAGAAGAGAUACACUGAUGGAUGGUCGGAGGAGACAUGGGAGGAAGAAAUGGAGAAGCAUCCUUUCUUCAUGAAGACAACUCCGGAGAGUGAAGAGCUGUCUCCGCUGGCCGAGGGUCUUGCCAAAUUGAAGUAUGACCCGGAGGAGAAUACUCCGUUGGAGCUUGCCACCAAUUAUAAAGAGGACGGAAAUUUCAACUUUAAGCAUAAAAAUUACAGAUUGGCUGUUUUGGGAUACACGGAAGGCAUAAAAGUGAAAUGCAAUGAUGCAGAGAUUAAUGCAAGCUUAUACAACAACCGAGCCGCAGCACACUGGCAUUUAAAGAAUUACCGUUCAUCACUGGCUGACAGCGAAAAAGCCUUAUCAUUCAACCCAGAUCACACCAAAGCAAGACUAAGAGCUGCUAAAUCAGCUACAGAAAUAGCCAAAUAUGACAUCUGCAUGGAACAUUGCCAGAAACUUCUGGAAAAACAACCAAACGACAAAGAAGUCUUGGACUUACUAAGCACAGCAAAAAGGAAAAAGCAGAUUCAAGAAAGAGAUUUGCGUAAAAAGGAACGUAGUGAUAAGAAAACCGCUGAGCAGAAAGAAGGAGUGAUAAAAGCUAUUAUAGAACGGAAGAUUAAAAUAUCCAAAUGUGACGAUGAAGAAGAUAUUGACCUGUCAAAGUUAGAACCAAGUUUACCAGGAGCACAAGAUUCAAUAGUGUACAUAAAAGACGGGGUUUUAUUCUGGCCUGUGCUGUUUUUGUAUCCAGAAUAUCAGUUGACGGACUUCAUAAAAAGUUGUCCGGAAAAUGUCCCAUUAGGCAGUCAGUUAGAGCAAGUCUUUCCUGCCCCUUGGGACGAAGAGAACAAGUAUAAUUGUGCAAAAGUAAAUGUAUAUUUUGAAGGUUAUGACAAAAUGCCUCAUAUUAUAGAUCCGUCCAGGAAUCUAAGUGACUUACUGUUGUUGAAAUACUUUGAGUUAAGAGCUGGUACACCAGCAUUCUACGUGUUACCUCGUGGCAGUGUGAUUGAACGAAGGUUCUUAGAAAGCUAUAUUUAGUUUAAGCUGAUGUUUUGUACAUUUUAUUGUAUAUUUUUUUAUUCUAAUAAUGUUAUGUUUAAUAUAUAAACGUAUUUUAUUAACGAAA